AUGCCCCGGAGCCCCACCUCAAGCGAGGAUGAGAUGGCUCAGAGCUUUUCCGACUACUCCGACGACUGUGCCUCCGACAGCUCCCGCGAAGAAACCAUCUACGAGACCAUAAGGGCCACGGCCGAGCCAUCGCAGAGCCGCAUGGACGACAUUCACAUAAACUCGAUGGUCAUCCGUGUCCUCAUUCCCGACCUGCAGCAGACGAAAUGCAUGCGGUUCAACCCGGAUGCCACGGUCUGGGUUGCCAAGCAGCGGAUCCUGUGUACACUUAAUCAGAGCCUGAAGGACGUCCUCAACUAUGGGCUCUUCCAACCAGCCAGCAACGGGAGGGAUGGCAAGUUCCUGGAUGAAGAACGCAUCCUUCGAGAGUACCCCCAACCAAUCAGCAAGGGCGUUCCAUCUUUGGAGUUCCGCUACAAGAGCCGAGUCUACAGGCAGCCCAACGUUGAUGAGAAACAGAUUGCCAAGCUUCACACAAAGGCCAAUCUGAGGAAGUUCAUGGACCUCAUUCAGCAUAAUCAGGUGGACAAAGUGGCGAAGAUGUUGGAGAGAGGCUUUGAUCCCAACUACCAUGACAGUGAUACUGGUGAGAGCCCGCUGACGUUUGCAGCUCACCUAGACAAUGUGUCGGAGAUGAUCAAAGUGCUGAGGAACGGGGGAGCUCAUUUGGACUUCAGGGCCAAAGAUGGCAUGACGGCCCUCCACAAAGCUGCAAGGUCCAAGAACCACGUCAUACUCACGACUCUGCUGGAGCUCGGAGCGUCUCCAGACUACAAGGACAGUCGUGGCCUGACUCCUCUGUAUCACAGCGUGGUGGUGGGAGGAGACCCGGGCUGCUGUGAGCUGCUGCUGAACCACCAUGCCGUCGUCUGCUGCCAGGACGAGAACGGCUGGCACGAAGUUCACCAGGCUUGUCGUCAUGGCCACGUGCAGCACCUGGAACAUCUGCUGUUCUACGGAGCAGACAUGAGCGCCCAGAAUGCCUCGGGAAACGCCGCUCUACACAUCUGUGCCCUAUACAACCAG